AUGCUACCACCACUACUGACGCCCGACUUUCGUCGUCGACUUUCGGCUUCCCAGAAGCAUCCAUACUCGGCUCGGCCGUUCUGGAGCUGCUGUUUGGCUUUUACUGCCCUUGCUCUUCUCAGCUGGACUUUCGGGCGUUUAAGUCGUGAUCCGACAGCUCCCUUGGCUCUGUCAGUCGUCGAACGACUCCCCGAUCACGAUGUCCCUCGGCUCUUUAGGCGGGACGACGCUCCGGAGUGCCGUCUAGUCCGCCAAGUGGAAGACCAAUGUUCCUUCGUCCAGUCCAAUUGCUCUGAUCACGAGGACGGUCUUUUUUCAUACCUCCAAUUAUAUUAUUGUAGCUUGGCCAAUGCCAAGCCUGUUGCAUUCAUCAUCAUCGUCUUAUGGCUUUCCCUUCUUUUCAGCACCAUUGGCAUUGCCGCCAGCGAUUUCCUCUGUGUUGAUCUGAGCACCUUGGCCAGCGUGCUCGGCUUGAGUGAAAGCCUAACCGGUGUCACCUUCCUCGCAUUCGGAAACGGGAGUCCGGACGUCUUCUCCACCUUUGCUGCCAUGAGAUCUAACAGUGGGAGCUUGGCCAUCGGAGAACUGCUGGGUGCGGCAAGUUUCAUAACAUCGGUGGUAGCUGGCUCGAUGGCGCUGGUUCGCCCAUUCAAAGUCGCACGGAGAAGUUUCAUUCGUGACGUCGGGUAUUUCAUCUUGGCGGUGAGCUUCAGUAUGUUCCUCUUAGGAGAUGGUCGCCUCCAUGUCUGGGAGUCGGCUACGAUGGUCGCCCUCUAUUGCUUCUACGUUAUCUUGGUGCGUCGCUUGUAUGAGAGGAAUUUAGCAGCUCGAUCGCAUUUCCAUAUUCCGGACAACCAGGAGUUGGAUAUCGAAGAAGUGGAAGACGAUGACCCCGGGGUCGCUUCGGAAUCUACUAGUCUUCUUCGGGGUGAGGAUUUCGAUGCUUUGGAGAGGUCUGGCGUACCGACUUGGCAGGAAGGAGAGGAGGACGAUGAAACUCGCAACCGAUAUCUUGCUGAAAUACGCGAUAAUAUGCACAUAUUUCGCCCAUCCACUCGCAGGCGCAAUACUCUGAAUCCGAUCAGACCAAGUCUUGUGGGUGCGCUGGAGUUUCAAUCGGUACUUUCAUCUCUUCAAAGGUCCAGGAAUAUCCACCGAUAUGAGUCCAUUAUCCUCGGACGGUCCUCCGAUGACGAGGAGAGCUCGCAACUGCAUUCGCUACAAUCAGACAAUGCAUCUGUAGUGUCUCACCCACAAGCUAGUCGUCCGUCUGUUGGCGACCGCUUGUCGCCUUAUCAAGCCGCUGGUCCUGCUCGCACUCGAGCUGCAUCUGCCAAUGCUGCUGCUGACCUGAGACUGGAUACACGCAUGUUCAGUUCCGGCCUACAACCCCGUCUUACCAUCAGUCGACCCUCUGCUGAUGAAACAGAAGCCGUGAUGUCGGCGGACAUUCAUCAGCCAGAACAGAGUGCGGGGCCAAACUUAUCCCCACAAUUGCCCGACAAGGCUUCGCAAAUUUCGAGUCCUGGGCCAAGCGCGCGUCUUCAAAGCCCCAAUCUACUUGCACCUCCGGAUACCUUUCAUUCUCCCACCUAUCAAAUGGCAGGCUCACGUCCUCGUUCCCCGCUCCCGCUAUCCCCGCGCGCGACCUCUCUCACGCCUGGUGCGGCUGGUGCGUUGCCCGAGAGUCCUCUGAGCCCCUUCCCAAUCUUCCAGGACGCAUCGGGCGCUACGCCCUCCAGGGCGCCGAGCAUACGCCUUCCAGCCGCUUCUACCCCCUCUGAGGUGUUACAAAUUCAUGAAAGUGUCUUCGGUGGUGGGAGUAACCGGACAAGGUCGUUGUCGUGGUGGCCAUCCAUACCGUUUGCUUCCCAGCAGAUCUUUCCAACGCUCUGCCCGACCUUGGCUGGUUGGAAAUCCAAAUCAUUCUGGGAACGAUUACUUGGUGUGGUUGCAGCUCCCAGUGUACUCCUCCUCACAAUCACACUUCCUGUCGUUGAGCCUGUACAAUUUGACGCCGGUGUCCCUGUUGUAGUCACUUCAGCAGAUGGUGACAAUGCCCCGUCGCCUGCUGUGAGGCUGCCAGAGGACAGCCCUCUUUUCCGAGCCCUUGAUCAAGAUUCCAUACCAGACGUAGUCGACCGGAAUGGCAAGCCUCAUCCUCCACAGAGGCAAUCCCGGUUGGAUUCCGAGUUGCCUGCUGUUCAAACAAGCAUUGAAUCACAAUCAUCAACCUCAAAAGAGUGGUGUCUUUGGCUUGUCUGGGUGCAGCUUUUCAUGGGUCCCUUUUUUGUGUCCUUGAUGUACUGGACCACUGUGGAUUCCGAAUUGAAGGCCCGAAACCUUUUCUUGCCAUCCAUGGUCUCGCUUCUCUUCUCUUUGAUAUGUAUCACGUGCCUGACAACCAGUGUGCGACAUAAUCGAUCCUCACAACCCCCGCUUGCAUGGCGUCCUACCCUUGCCCUUAUAGGCUUUGUGGUCGCGAUCUUCUGGAUUGCAACCAUUGCCACUGAGGUUGUCAACCUCCUGAAGACCCUGGGUGUUAUUUUAAACAUUAGCGACUCCCUUCUCGGGCUCACGGUAUUUGCGGUUGGAAAUUCCUUGGGCGACCUAGUUGCGGACAUUACAGUUGCGCGCUUAGGUUAUCCGGUCAUGGCUUUGAGUGCCUGCUUCGGGGGCCCCAUGCUCAACAUUCUCCUCGGCAUUGGCUUGGGUGGUCUGUACAUGACUGUCAACGCGAAGCCAGAAACAAUAGCCGCGACCGGUGGUUCGUACGAGAUCCCUGUCUCCAAGGUGCUCAUUAUCAGCGGUGCUACUUUGUUAAUCACCCUGGUUGGCCUGUUGAUCGUGGUUCCCUUGAACAAGUGGAAGAUGGAUCAGAAGAUCGGUUGGGGACUUGUCAUUCUCUGGGUCAUCAGUACCAUAGGCAACGUACUUGCCGAACUUCUAACCUAG